CGUAAAUCUUAUAUACAGAUUGGAUUCAUUUCAGUUAGUCGUUGUAUCGCUGCCGGUAAUUUGUCGGUCGCGUCGAGUGAAAAAUAACGAACGCGAUCGUGUUUUGAACCAAACGAGCGCACUUUUAAAAUUUUUGGAUUGUUUUCCAUAGGAUUUCUUAAUAGAGAGGAAGCCAAAUAAUGAGGGCCAAUGUUUGGACGCUGUCUUUGGCCGUGUUUUUGAGCUCUCUUAGCUACUGCCAUGCGUGCAGUUGCAUGAUUUCGCAUCCGCAGGAUCAUUACUGUAGAUCGGACUUUGUGAUCCUUGCCAGAGUGAAAAAGGAACAAAUUACUGUAUCGACUGGCUCCAUAGUGUACAAAGUCCGCGUGAGGAAGGAGUUCAAGAUAUCGGAAAAAGGAUUAGUGGCUUUAAAGUCCGGGAAAAUCCAUACCAGCAUCUACGGGUCCAUGUGUGGAGUGCAGCUUACUAUUGGGAAAUUGUACGUUCUUUCUGGAACUAUUAACAGUUUAAGGGCUUACGUGAAUGCGUGCAACAUGAUAGAAGAAUGGAAGCACCUGACGAAAAGGCAAAGGAAAGGCUUGAAAUUAAUGUACAAGCAUGGCUGCAGCUGCAAGGUGAAAAAUUGCCUCUAUCACAGAUGCAACAACAGUUUCAAGCAACGGGACAGCUGCGUUUGGAACAGCACAUGUGAAACAUUGGAUGGUAUUUGUCUACGUCAAGCAAACGGAUCGUGUAUGUGGAACAAAAACAAAAUGCUAACAGCCUGCAGAGUGAGAAACGGAUUGGUGCAUGGAAAUUCUUCAGUAGCAGCCGGAAAUCCACAUUAUCAUCCAUCACCACCUCGAUUGCCCCUCGAACCUUGAACGAUUUUCCCCGGCGUAUUUUGCCAAAAUAGUUGCCCUCCUAAUUGCAUUUGUAUUAAUGUAUUAAAUGCAGUUAAGUGUUGAUGUAUAAAUUUUAAAAAUGAUUUGUGAAAAUGCACAAAACCCCGAUAUUUAUUUAAGCUACAUUGUUCUAUUUUUAGGUAAAUCCCUGCGGUCUAAGGAUUCGCGAUUAACACGUCCAUUCAAGCUGUUGUAUGAAGAACCCCAUUUAUAUGGGGUUUUGUAAUGCAAUUAAAUUAAUUUAUUGGUUCAUUUGUUUUGCGUUUUGUCUGCACUUACCAUUUCUGUGUGGUCGGGGUAAAACGUUUGUUCGAUCAGCGGAAAACUGUCCUUUCCUAAUCGUCUUUGCAGUUGCACUAAAUGUCCGAAAACCCACGGUUUAUCCUGCGGAGGAAAAACUGUUUUUAAUUUGUUGUGCAUGAGUUUUUCGGAGGUUCGUUAUCAGGAAUUUUCAUCCAUUUUAUUUUAUAAUAUUUCAAUUGUUUGCACUAGUUAGCCCAUGAUAAUCAGCAAAUGAAACACCGUGGAAACUGGCAAUUAGUGAUCGAAUUUUACAUAAAACGCACUAUUUUCUCUGAAAUGGUGUUGGAUUUAUUUUAAUUGAAUUCUCACUUGCCUGAAAGUUGUAAAUCGCAUUCAGAUUAUUGAUGCUGGGAACUCCGCCAAACUUCAUGGCCAGCAGCAGUUUUUUGUGAUCUUCACCGGCGUCUUUGAGAUUUUGCCUGACCUAAUGAGGAGUUGGGAAAAAAGUGUUUAAAACCCUUUCUAUAUCCACAAGUACAUAAAAACUUUGGCAAUUUUUCCAUCACUCUAAAGCUGGGUGAUUUACUUGAACGAACUUUAGUAAAAUUGAUUAAAACUUUGCAUGUUGACGACAUGCUAUGGAAAUUUCCUUACCCGAAACUAUUUUUAUGAAAAUCCAGGCAAAAAUAUUGUUUACUGCGAUCAAUUUUACAGGAUUUUUUAAUUUAAUACACAUGUUUUUGUAUAAAGCUGCCACAUAAAUGUGGCCAAUAUUUGUUGCUUUCGUUUUAAGUCGRACCAUUUGAAUCUUGUUGAAUUUGAAUUUAUCGUUACUAACAGUAUUGUUGAUUUGUAGCUCUUAGUUAAUUUAUGUGUUACCUAAAGAUUGUACCUAUUAAGAGUUGUUGUACAAAGCUUCCUAAUGAUAUAUUGUUUAGUUUCUUUAUAUGUUGAUUUAUUGUAAAGUUCUCAGAAACCUUUGUCUUAUUAAUAAAAACUCUUAUUUCUCAAGCA